AUGGACACCGCUCCAACCGCACCUUCCCCUCUCCCACAAACUCCUGCUCAAUGGCUGAUACCUGGAAAGACGGAAUCUUCCUCAAGGCAUGUUUCACUAUUGACAACUGUCGCGUUGUUAUUGAUCCUCACACAGGUUGUGAACGUUCUCGUUUACUUCCUCUUCUUGGGGUCCAACAUCUACACUGUCGCCUCUGGGGCCACUCACUACGGUGGGAAGGAGACCUACAUCACCCCCGCACCAUGGGCGUUCUUGAUCUGGUCGCUCAUUCACCUGUUGCUUCUCGGCACUAUCAUCUACCAAUUCACUACUGCGGGCAAGGGCGUCAUCGUUGACGGUAUCAGCUGGCGUUUCCCGCUUCUUGUUGUCCUUAACUCCAUCUACGUCAACUUCUGGGCUAAGGGUGACUACAUCAUCGCCUUUGUUUUCUCCCUCUUCGUUAGUUCCGCAACGACACACAUCUACUAUAUCGUCAAGAAGUACCAUGUCGCAGAGAACUUGGGCGAUGAAAUCUUUGUUCAUCUUCCCUUCUCCCUGUACCAUGGAUGGACCACCGUCCUCGUCAUCAUCACCGCCUUCCAGGCGUUUGGGGUGAAUGCCGCCGUGAAGUCUGCAGGAGUCUGGACUAAAAUCUUUGUGUUCCUUGCCCUCUUCUUCCUUGAGGGCACUGCGGCCACGUAUGCUUUCUCGUCUGCUGAGGGCGAUCUUCCUGCCUCGAUCGCCAUCGCUUGGUCGCUCUGGGCCAUCUUCGCCCAGCAGACUCAGAGCGGAUUCGUUCACUGGAGCGCGCUCGUCUUCGCCAUCAUCGCAUUGGUUUGGGUGAUCAAAGGUGCAUAUGGCGCCUUCACCAAGAGCCGUGGCGGUGUCCGUCUUGAUGAUGCGGAACGGGCGCCUCUCAUUCCAGGCGCUUGAGCGUCGCAAUCGAAAAUGUCAGCAUGUUGAUCAAGUAUGGACUUGCCGAAAUGCACAUCUUUCAGCUUUCUUGUUUCUCUCGAUCUCCUGUUAUUGUUGUUGUACAGUACUCAAAACUAGUCCCUGUCCUGUUCUGCAAUGCGUAUCAGUCUUCUGUAAUCAUCCUUCUUUCACGGAGUAUGCUUGAAGUUGUGAGAUGGAAUCUAGGCG